CUGGCAGUAUGCUGCUAGGGAAGAAAGAACCAACAAACCACCAGAGUGCCAAAGGAAAAGAAGGAGCAGUGAGCUGUAAGGAUGGGAAGAGCCAUUACAGUGGGCUAGGAGCAGGCGAGUCCAGCUUCCUGCAGCAGCGGCAGAAGCGCUUGCAAGAGCAUGGGAAGGAAAGGAAGGAGCUGCUGUCGAAAGGGACCUCCCAGAAUGCUGAGAAGAAAACUGAUGCUAGCACAGCUGAGACAGAGCUGUGCUCAGAGCUGCCCACUGAGCAAACAGAGACUACAACCAGAACAGCUGCCAACAGCACUGACGCCAUGGGGGUCCGUCAGGAGCAGCCUUUCAUUGUCCUGAGCCAAGAGGACUAUGGGGAGCACCAUUCAUCCAUCAUGUACUGCAGGGUUGAUUGUUCUGGACGGAGGGUGGCCAGUUUGGAUGUGGAUGGGGUCAUCAAAGUCUGGUCUUUUAACCCCAUAAUGCAAACUAAGGCCUCAUCCCUUUCCAAAUCUCCAUUGCUGUCUCUGGAAUGGGCGACCAAGCGUGAUAGGCUGCUCUUGCUUGGCAGUGGGGUCAGGACGGUUCGUCUCUAGGACACAGAAGCAAAGAAGACUCUCUGUGAAAUCAGCAUUGAUGAAGACGUGCCCAGGAUCCUCUCGCUUGCCUGCAGCCCAAGUGGUGCCUCCUUUGUCUGUUCUGCAGCAGCCCAGAGCCCCAUCUCCCACAUGGACUUUUCAGCAGUAGGCUCUGGUGGCAAAAGCAUGAACCAAGUUCCUGGGAAACUGCUACUGUGGGACACUAACACAGUGAAGCAGCAGACUCCACCACGCAGGCUCAAAGCACAGCAGCUCCAGAGGAAUCAGGAAAUGUAUAGGCUUUUACCCUGA